AUGUCCGUGCAGCAGAGAAAGAACAGGGCUGUCAUCAUUGUCAAUUACGAGUUCCACGGCAGCCCUGAGCCGCUGGAACUCAGGAAAGGGGCCAAGAGAGAAGCAGACAAGCUGUUUAAAGCAUUAUCCAAACUCAACUAUGCAGUGAAGUUGCACUAUGACCAGGAAGCCCAGGAAAUAGAGGAGAUCUACCGGCAAGAGAGCCGGGAAGAGCAUGGUGAUUGCUUUGUCAGCAUUCUGUCCAGCCAUGGCGAGGAGGGGGCCAUAUAUGACUGCAGGGGAGAGCUGCUCAAGCUGACAAGGAUUUUCCAGAUGUUAUCCCCACAAAGGUGCCGAGUGCUAGCUGGAAAGCCCAAGAUCUUCUUCAUACAGGCCUGCCGUGGGAAUGUGACGGAUCCAGGUGUGUGGGUGGAGACAGACAGCGGCCGGCCCCCAGCAGACAGCUUCUCGCACUACCUCUCCAUCCCUGACAGCACGGCCGUGAUGUUCGCCUGCAGCCCAGGCUACAGCGCUUUCCUCAAUCCGCUGGGCUCCAUGUUUCUCCAGACCUUGCUGGAGUUUCUGGAAGGAGAUGAGCGGCAUCUUGAACUUGCACGUCUAAUGACCCGCAUCAGCUGGAAAGUCGCGUUUCACUGCGAAGCCAAAGGGAAACACCAGGGGGAAAAGGAAAUGCCCUGCUUUGUCACCAACAUGGUGCGAGAGGUUUAUCCAUUCUCCAUCCAAACCACGGAGAGCAGCAGCCUCUGA